AGUCAGUCAUCCACACCUGAUAUCAACAUUUCUUCUUUGAUUAAUAUUUAAUCCAUCAUUUUCUGUAAUCCCUCUUUAAUCACAAUUUAAGCUUCCUCUUAUACUUUGCGUAUACAUAAAUCGUUUAUUUUUACUUUACAAAACAUUUCUCAAUAUUUCCCCACCAUUUUUGAUAUCUCACAUUCUCAUUCUUCACUCUUCCGCACCGACAUUUCUACCUUUUCACCAUCUCACUCAUCGUUUUCGAUCAGAGAGAUAGCAGAAAUCGCAGUUACUUUUGAAGUUGUUUGAGUGUAAGAGAUCCUAUUUGAAUCUGAAUCUAGCUAUACUUGGAAUAUGCGAGGUCGUCAGGUGUUGGGAGAUGCUACUUUGUCUAUUUACAAACGAGUCGCAUCUAAAGAUCAUUCCGAUGAUUACUCUGUUGACGGACGUCUCCAAGGUUCAGGGAGAGAAGGUGGAAAUCCUCCGUGGUCAAAGUCAUUACCUCAUGUUAUUGUAGCUACAAUUGCGUCGUUCCUAUUUGGAUAUCAUCUUGGAGUAGUGAAUGAUACAUUGGAAAGUAUUUCCAUAGAUCUUGGCUUCCAUGGAAAUACAAUGGCUGAAGGUUUGGUAGUCAGUAUGUCUCUAGGAGGCGCAUUUAUUGGAUCUUUAUUCAGUGGGUCAAUUGCUGAUUAUUUUGGUCGAAAGAGGUCCUUCCAGUUGGGUGCAUUGUCAAUGAUUAUUGGUGCUUCAAUGAGUGCAGCGACAAGUAGCUUGACAGGCAUGCUUAUUGGGAGGUUUUUUGUUGGAAUUGGCAUGGGACUUGGCCCAGCUGUUGCAGCUCUAUAUGUGGCUGAGGUUUCACCAACAUAUGUAAGGGGUACAUAUGGAAGUUUCACCCAGAUUGCCGCAUGUUUAGGACUUAUGGGGUCUUUUGUGAUUGGCAUGCCUGCGAAGGAAAGUAAGGAUUGGUGGCGUGUUUGUUUCUGGGUGUCUGUGAUUCCUGCCGCGUUACUUGCGCUAUCAAUUGAAUUGUGUGCUGAAAGUCCUCACUGGCUUUUCAAGAAAGGAAGAAGUAUUGAAGCUGAAGUUGAGUUUGAGAGGUUACUGGGAGGUUUACAUGUCAAGAGUGCAAUUUCAGAGUUGUCAAAGUUAGAUAGAGGAGAGGAGGCAGAUUCAGUCAAAUUCUCAGAGCUUUUUCAUGGUCGACAUUUUAAGGUGGUUUUCAUUGGGUCUGUCCUAUUUGCUUUACAGCAGCUGUCCGGUAUAAAUGCUGUGUUCUAUUUCUCAUCGUCUGUCUUUAAGAGUGCUGGGGUUCCAUCAAAUACUGCAAAUAUGUUUGUAGCAGUUGUUAAUUUAUCAGGAUCAUGCACUGCAACGAUACUGAUGGAUAAACUAGGAAGGAGGGUGCUUCUUCUGGGAAGUUUCUUGGGCAUGGCGAUGUCAUUGGGUCUUCAAAUAGUUGCAGCAAGCUCCUUUGUGUCACCUGUAGCAUCAGUAUAUCUUUCUGUUGGAGGUGUGCUUCUGGUUGUUCUGACCUUUUCUCUGGGAGCUGGUCCAGUCCCUAGUCUUCUGUUGUCAGAAAUGUUCCCAAAUCGAAUAAGGGCGAAAGCAAUGGCUUGGUGCAUGGCUGUUCACUGGGGAGUAAAUUUCUUUGUUGGUCUUCUGUUUUUGAGAUUACUUGAGCAACUCGGGCCAAAGUUGUUGUACACAUUCUUUGCAACCUGCUGUUUAAUAGGUUUUGCAUUUACAAAGAAGAAUGUUUUGGAAACAAAGGGAAAGUCACUCCAGGAAAUUGAGCUUGCACUUCUUCCAGCUUAAGGAAGUGUUGUCCUCGUGCUGUUUGUGCAACAAGGACAAUGAUGCUAAUAAUCAUGACAAGACAGUCACUCAACGCGGCGAAUGCAGCUUAAUCCAUUCUCGGUUCGUUGACUCACAGUUUUGGUGCACAUAGAACAGUGUCUGCGGUGUGUUAUUCCAAGAGCAAUCGGCAUUUGCAAUUAGAGGUGUUUUUCCGAGCCGGGUCCGGUACAUACCAUUAAGAGCCUUACCAUCCAUCAUCCCUAGUGUAUUAGAUCAAAAUUACACUUAGUAGUGGUCUAGGAAUAUGGAAUUAGGUCAUCAAUAUCAUUCUGUUUCUGUCUGUUCAAUUUUCCUUUUCCCCACUGGUUAUAAUAGUUCUUGCAAAAAAAUAUGUUUUAGGUUGGAAAACAUAAAUUUCAUCUGUUCAGCUCUAAGAAUGUUCAACAUUCUGGAGAGUUGUACUUCAUUCAAGACAGAUUUUUAUACUAAGAAUAGAGUAUAUAAAUUGAUUUCAUUCUUGGAAUUGUUUUGUGUUGAACAAAUGGUGUCUUGCUUAUAGUACAGAAAUAGUACCAGGAUUAAUGUUACAAUGUGGAGAGUACCACAAAUGAUGAAGACAAUAUUCUAAGGGGGAUUGACUAAUCUUACAUGUACGUGAGUCGUGACCAUGAUGAAACUUAUACAAGCAUAAUAAAACAAGUUUAUGAUUUUGAUAACCGAACUGUCACAAACACUUAAAUCACGAACUUGGUGUAAACAAUCAGCAAUGUGACAAUGAGAAGGAUGGGUGGAAAAAUAGUAUUUGGAAUGAACAACAAUCUAGAUAAUUAAUAUUCAAUGAAGUAACAAGUUUGUAUGAAAAAU